CGCUGUGGCCCGGGGUGCAGCUCUCUCGCGGGGGGCUGCUUGGUUUCCGACCAUGGGGAAGGAUCAGGAACUGCUGGAAGCUGCUCGCACUGGGAAUGUGGCUCUGGUGGAGAAACUCCUCUCUGGGAGGAAAGGAGGGAUCCUGGGCAGUGGAUCUGGAGCUAUCCCCUUAUCCAGCUUAUUGAGCAUCUGGAGAGGACCAAACAUAAACUGCACAGACAGUUCAGGUUAUACUGCUUUACAUCAUGCAGCUUUAAACGGACACAAGGAUAUAGUUCUCAAAUUACUUCAGUAUGAAGCAUCAACCAAUGUGGCAGAUAAUAAGGGUUAUUUUCCUAUUCACUUGGCUGCUUGGAGAGGGGAUGUAGAUAUUGUGAAGAUUCUCAUCCAUCAUGGACCAUCACACUCCAGAGUGAAUGAACAGAACAAUGAAAAUGAAACAGCACUGCAUUGUGCAGCUCAGUAUGGUCAUUCAGAAGUUGUUGCUGUUCUGUUGGAAGAGCUGACAGACCCUACAAUAAGGAACAACAAACUGGAAACACCUCUGGAUCUCGCAGCACUUUAUGGACGUCUGCGUGUUGUAAAAAUGAUCAUUAAAGCAUAUCCAAACCUGAUGAACUGUAAUACAAGAAAACACACUCCUUUGCAUCUUGCUGCACGUAAUGGCCACAAAGCUGUCGUACAGGUGCUUCUGGAGGCUGGAAUGGAUGUCAGCUGCCAAACAGAAAAAGGGAGUGCACUACAUGAAGCAGCCCUAUUUGGAAAGGUGGAGGUAGUACGCAUUUUGCUUGAAACAGGAAUAGAUACCAACAUAAAGGACAGUUUGGGUAGAACGGUUUUGGAUAUACUUAAAGAACAUCCAUCUCAGCAGUCACUUCAAAUUGCAGCUCUACUUCAAGAAUAUAUGGAAACAGGAAAUGCAAGUAUUUCAGAGGAACACCCACUGGAAUGCGCGGAACGUCAGUCUUGCAUUUUGUCCCCAGAAGUUCCUCCGUCUCCAAAGGCUAAAAGUGAAGCUGUGACUGGAGAAUUAUCAAAGCUCUUAGAUGAAAUCAAAUUGUGCCAAGAAAAGGAAUAUUCUUUUGAAGAUCUGUCUCAUACAAUAUCAGACCAUUAUCUGGAUAAUUUUAGUAAAGUAUCAGAGGAAGAACUUAUGACCAGUGGAAGCCAAACCAAGCUUAAUGUAAGGCCUUCUUCAAUGCGUUUAUCACCAAGGGAGGAAGAUGAUGAUGAUGCAGGUGAAAAUACUUGUGGUCCUUCAGGUUUAUGGGAGGCAUUGACACCUUGUAAUGGAUGCAGGAAUCUCGGAUUUCCCAUGCUUACACAGGAAUCUUAUUCAAAGAAGAGAGGUUAUGCAUUGGAAGCAAUAUCCUCUGUGCCUCUGGAUGCAGUUCCUUCAGAAAAUGACAGCAGUCACUGUGAUUCGAUAGACAUAGCAGUGACCAAAAAGCCUUGUUCCCUAGAGAUAGCAAGAGUUCCUUCCUCAAGACCAGAUAAUGCACCUCAGGUAGCAAUUACCACACCAGGAUCCGGUAACCAUAGAAACAGCUCUACAGGCCCAACACCUGACUGCUCUCCUCCAUCACCAGACACUGCACUUAAAAACAUAGUGAAAGUUAUACGUCCUCAGCCCAAGCAACGUACAUCCAUAGUAUCUUCCCUGGAAUUUCACCGAAUGAAUCACAGCCACAAUUAUUUUGAAAUCAACUCAUCCAUUGGCUGUGCAAGUUUUAUUUCUACUCCUGCAAUCAGUCCAGCUAAUUAUUCCUUUGGACCUCUGGAAUACAGUCUUGAAGAGAAAGAACUUCCAGAGCAACUUUGCCAGGGUGAAACAUCCACUGAAAGUGAGUUUCCAGAAGGACACCCCGCUGAGCAGUUUGCAGGUUUACUUCAUGGAUCAUCACCUGCAUGUGACCCACCUGAAAAUCCACUCCAGCUGUACAGUAAAGUAAACCCGUGCAGUGGUCCACUAGAGAAAAGCAUUUUGAGCAAGAGCACAGUGCAGCAGAUACAGCUACGGAAAGAAAGCAGCUCUGAUCCACCUGUUAAGAAAAAAAAACCACCAAUUGUAAACAGAACCAUAUUUCAUACUAAAAAUAAACCAGUAGAAAAUCAUACGCUGGUUGGUGCUCCAAGGAUAAGUGAACAAUGGGUUAUUACCACUGGAGGAUUUGUGGAGCGAGCAUGCACGCUUGGGAGAAUACGAUCUUUACCGAAGACUUUGCUUGAAAUGCAUUUGUGCAAAAAUGUUUCGAAAUCUGAUUCUAAUCUUAUCACCCAUCCACCAAAUGACAAAAAAGCAAGAAGCAAUUGGAGUGAACCCACACCAAAUCAACAGUGCUCCAAAGGGAAUUCAGAGAGAACACCUUCUUUCACAUCAGAAUGGGAAGAAAUUGAUAAAAUCAUGAGUUCAAUAGAUGCUGGAAUUAAUACUGGACUGGGGGAGAUGAGUGAUCACGCUACAAGACCCCGAUGCCCUGUCCAAAGCGUGGGACAAUGGUUGGAAAAUAUUGGGCUACCUCAGUAUGAAAACCACUUGCUGGCUAAUGGAUUUGACAAUGUGCAAUUCAUGGGAAGCAACGUGAUGGAGGACCAGGAUCUCUUGGAAAUAGGAAUCCUUAACUCUGGGCACAGACAGAGAAUACUCCAAGCAAUCCAGCUUCUCCCAAAGAUGAAGCAGAUCGGUCAUGAUGGCUACAACCCCACCUCUGUAGCUGAAUGGCUGGAUUCCAUUGAACUGGGUGACUAUACCAAAUCCUUUCUAAUUAAUGGCUAUACAUCGAUGGACCUUGUGAAAAAAAUCUGGGAGAUUGAAUUAAUUAAUGUCUUAAAAAUUAGCUUGAUUGGCCACCGGAAGCGCAUUCUGGCAUCUCUGGGAGACAGGCUUCACGAAGAUCCUCCUCAGAAACCACCUCGGUCAAUAACCCUCAGGGAACCCAGCGGUAACCACACUCCUCCUCAGUUGUCUCCAUCACUUAGCCAAAGCACUUUCACUACUGGUGGCUCCCUGGACGUUCCCCACAUUAUCAUGCAGGGCGAUGCAAGGAGAAGAAGAAAUGAAAACUAUUUUGAUGAUAUUCCCCGGUCAAAGCUGGAGAGGCAGAUGGCACAGCAGUCUUCGGUCUGUGAGCUCUGGACCAACCAGAAUGCAGGAUAUCCUUUCUCAUCGAUUCAUCAGGUUCAUAAUACAGGAGACUGGGGAGAGCCUUCAAUUACCUUGCGACCUCCAAAUGAAGCCACAGCAUCAACACCUGUACAAUAUUGGCAACAUCAUCCAGAGAAACUCAUCUUCCAGUCAUGUGACUAUAAAGCAUUUUAUUUAGGUUCUAUGCUGGUAAAAGAGUUAAGAGGCACAGAGUCAACACAGGAUGCGUGUGCAAAGAUGAGGAAGUCUACAGAACAAAUGAAAAAAGUACCAACCAUUGUCCUGUCUGUCUCUUAUAAAGGAGUCAAAUUUAUUGAUGCCACAAAUAAGAAUAUCAUUGCUGAACAUGAAAUCCGUAACAUUUCCUGUGCUGCACAAGACCCCGAGGACCUUUCUACAUUUGCGUACAUCACUAAAGACUUGAAGACUAAUCACCACUACUGCCAUGUAUUCACUGCGUUUGAUGUGAAUUUAGCUUACGAAAUCAUUCUUACACUAGGACAAGCAUUUGAGGUGGCCUAUCAGCUUGCACUACAAGCACGAAAAGGGGGCCAUUCUUCAACCCUCCCAGAAAGCUUUGAAAACAAACCCUCUAAACCUAUUCCCAAACCACGUGUUAGUAUUCGGAAGUCAGUGCAGAUAGAUCCAUCUGAACAAAAGACUCUUGCGAAUCUACCGUGGAUUGUUGAACCUGGACAAGAGGCCAAAAGAGGCAUUAAUACCAACACUGACAGAAGAAUGACACUAUAUGAAGACUUUUAAAAUUACAGUCCACAAGAGGAGUGAGAAACCUUAUUUUUCACGCAGUUCUCCCUUGUGACUCUGCCACAGUGCUUUCUUUGAUUUCUUAUUUUAGGAUUCUACUUUUUAAAGAAAAAAACAAAAGGUCUCUAAACUAAUACUAAUGCUGCCUAUGAGUAGAGUAUUUGAUUGGGUUUUUUAUUUGAAUCCUGGCAGUUUUUAAUUGAAAUAGAACCAGAAUUAAUAAAUAGAUUAUUUGUGAAACCACUGAAUUCAUUAAUAAUUACUGUGUUGAAUAAGGAACUCAUUAAAGUGACGAGAAAUUAGGUACCCUGAUUUCUGUGUGCGCUGAUUUUAUAUGUAAUAAUUGAUGUCCUUUGAUCCUCUACAGAAAUAAGAACCUCUUGCAUUGUAGCAAAGGAUCAGAGUUUUAUGAAUGGUUAGAAAAAGGUAUUAAUAAUGCAAAGAAAACAUUUAUUAGAUAUUUUUAUGGAAGAGAAGUACUAUAGGAAAGCAUAUGAAUAUUUAUGGAAGGAAGCCAGAUUAAUUAUGAGAAAUAUUGUUUAUUUUAAAGUUAAGUAAACGACUGCUAAUGCAGCAUUAUGAAAAUUGUAAGACUUGUAGCAUCAGUGCACUGGAUGUUCCAUGUGACCAGUCUGGAAUGAAAGUGGAAUGGUCAUUCUACUACACCUACAUAUAGUUUAUGCAGUUCAACAUUGCUAUAGCCAUGAAUUCUACUAGUAUUUUUAAAAUUAAUCUCAGUGGUUCUAAAAAAAAGUCAAAACCAUGGAUUUUGCUAUCAAGAUUUCUGUCACAGAAAGCUUGUUUGGAAGAGUGUUGAUAAAAUUCUAUUGCAAAACAUUUUCUAAAUAAAAAUAUCGAGAAAAAGAAAAAAAUUCCAAAGUAAUAAAAAUGUUUUCAUGAAACAAAAGUUAAGCAUUUGCUUAAUAUUUGAUUAAAUAAGAUUUACUUACUUUUUCUUUGAAGUGUUUUAAUUUUUUUAAUGUCUGUGGAGUAUUUGUAUAAUACCAUGAUGUAUAUUUAUGUAGAACUGAAAUUAUAACAGUACAAAUAUCAUUAUAGGAGAAAAAUGACAUUUUAACGUAUAUUGUUCUAUCCAGUCAAAUUGUGAAUCAUUUUGAAGUUCAUUAUAGAGAUAUUGAAAAAUUGUGUGGUUGUCUUAAUGUUUUUUUAAUUAUUAUUUCAUAUCCAGCUGAGGUUUUUCAGUUAGAAUCAUCAGUUGGUAUAUUCCAAAAAAUGGAUAAUUGAACUUGGUUUAAACCUGAUAAUUGUAUAUGGUUUAGUUACACCUAAUCAUAGCGCUGAGUGAUGACAUACUUUUAAUACAGUAUUCAAUUUACUUGAACAAAAUAGUUCCUUGUACAUAUUUUUGCCUAUUCACUGUUGAUAUGUACUUAGUCAACUGACAGUAAAAAAAAUAACACUAAAAAUAUGGUACCAAAAGGAAAAUUGUAUAGGAGAACAGUAAAUAGUAGCCUCACUGCAACAAAGACUUCUGUAAAUAUGCUUGGGCUUCCAGUUAUAAAUUUUGUAAUUUUGUCAUUUAUUUAUAUCCUAUAAAAGCACACAAAAUAAAAUGAAGUUGUACAGUC